GACGGGCUUGACAGCAUGGCCAGGUUCAGCAUUCAGGGAGUGUUCAACUACAGCAUGCUGACUCUGUCUGAUCAUGAGAGGAUUCUGUACGUCGGGGCCCGAGAGGCGCUGUUCGCACUGGACCCUAACAACAUAAGCAAGCAGCUGCGACCACAGAUCGACUGGCCGGCUCCACUGGAUAAGAAGAGGGAGUGCGUAGCCAAGGGGAAGAACAACCAGACUGAGUGCUUCAACUACAUUCGGUUCCUGCAGAGCUACAACCGCACACACCUCUACACCUGCGGCACCUACGCCUUCCAGCCCAAAUGCAAUUACAUUAAAGCAGAUGACUUUUCCCUCAACCCGGCAACACUUGAGGAUGGAAAGGGCAAAUGUCCAUAUGACCCUGCCAAAGGCCACACUGGCCUCAUAGUGGAUAAGGAGCUGUACUCAGCAACACUCAACAACUUCCUGGGUACUGAACCGGUCAUUCUUAGGAACCUGGGCCAGCAGCAUUACAGCAUGAAGAGUGAAUACUUGCCUGCCUGGCUCAACGAGCCGGACUUUGUGGGUUCAGCCCUGGUCAGGGAGAGCAGCGGCGGCAAAGACGGCGACGACGACAAGAUCUACUUCUUCUUCAGCGAGCGAGCGGUGGAGCUGGACUGCGACACGGAGCUCACCGUGGCCAGAGUGGCGCGCGUCUGCAAGGGCGACCUGGGUGGCUUCAGGACCCUGCAGAAGAAGUGGACCACCUUCCAAAAAGCUCGCCUGGAGUGCUCGCUCCCAGAGCGCCACGUCUCCUUCAACAACCUGCGGGCCGUGUUCACGCUGCCGGGGCAGGACUGGAGGGGAACGACCUUCUACGGCAUCUUUCACGCUCAGUGGGGUGACGUGGACGUGUCGGCUGUGUGCCAGUACCAGAUUGCCGAUGUGAAAAAGGUGUUCGAGGGCCCCUACAAGGAGUACAGGGAGACGUCCCAGAGAUGGGGCCGGUACACGGGCACGGUCCCCAGCCCACGGCCCGGAUCGUGCAUAACUAACUCAGACAGGGCGAACGGCUACAACAGCUCUCUGCAGCUUCCUGACGCCACCCUCAACUUUGCCAAGAAACACCCACUGAUGGAGGACAAAGCUCAGGGUCGCCCCCUGCUGCUGACCAAGGGUGUUAACUUCACCAAGCUGGCGGUGGAUCGAGUCAGCGGCCUGGACCAGCGGGCGUACAACAUGCUCUUUAUCGGCACAGCUAAGGGAUGGCUGCAGAGGGUGGUCAUCCUGGGCUCUGAGGCCCAUGUGAUUGAGGAGAUCCAGCUGUUCGACACAAACCAGCCUGUUGACAGCCUGACCAUCUCCCACUCCAAGAAGUACUUGUACAUCGGAUCUCGUUCUGGGGUUCUUCAGCUGCCUUUGGCGAACUGUAGCCGCUAUCAGUCUCAGCAAGACUGUCUGCUGGCCAGGGACCCCUACUGUGCCUGGGACACCGAGGGCCGGGCCUGCGUCCGCAUCGACCUUCACCGAGGGUCGACUUCCUCUCUCUCACAGGACCUCAUGCUAGAGAGGUUCAACCGUGGAAAAGCCAAGUUUCCAGUCUCCAUCCCGAGUGCUGAUCCGUCCCGAUUGAGAAAUGUAAUAGUGGUUGUUGGUUCUGAUAUGGUGCUGCCUUGCCAGCUCGUCUCCAACCUGGCCCAGCCAUUAUGGAUGGUCAAUGACCGCGAGCUCCAGCUAGGUGAUCCAGAAGCAGGAGGACCUCGCUUUGACAGAACCCUCAAAGCCCUCAUCAUACCCGAAGUGGGCCAGAUGCAAGCGGGCCGCUAUAUCUGUUACUCUGAGGAACUGGGAGUAAAGUUUCAGACUGAGCGCUACCAGGUGACUGUCGUUGCCAAUGCCCCGGUGUUCAUGGAAGCCCGUGCCCCGGACAGCAGCAUGGGGCUCUUCUGGGUGCUGGUCAUCACACUGGGGGCAGUGUGCCUCCUCCUUCUCGUAGCAGCUCUCUACUUGCGAAGGAGGCUGAAGCUGGCGUUAGGGAAGGGAGCCGACAUGAAGCCUCUGGAGAGCACCUUGGUCUACCCCAUCACCCUGCCCAAGGAGCCGCCCACCUUCGUGCCCAGCAAGAUGCCAAGCGACGAGGACCGGUUCUGGGAGACGGGCGCCAACUACUACUACUCAGAUGGGUCGCUGAAGAUCGUUCCCGGCCACGCCCUUGGCCCCAGUAGUGUCAGCAGCACGGCGUCACCCAGUGCCAUUCCCGGCCAGCCCAUCCACUCCCCUAGCCGGCUCAGCCUCACCAACAUCCGAGGCUCUGGUAGCAACGGCUAUAUCCGCCUCAACCUGAGCACAGCAGGGGAGGAGAGGGCUAGCGGGGCCGGUGUUGGGGGCGGCGCGCUUGGAGGGUUGGGUGUGGGCGGGAACGACUACUCCAGUCCCUUCAAGGAGGAGCUGAGGCGCACUCUGCAACAGAGAAGCGUCCUGCCCGAUGCCAAUCCAGAGGAGUCCUCUGUCUAGGCCUUCCCUCCUCCAUCUUUAUUUAUUCCCUGAGGUGGAACAAGAAUCCAACCAAACUACCUCCCUCCUCCAGAGGAUGCCUGCUCUCUCUGUCUUUUAGUGACAUGCUGUCCACUCCCAUGCUCUCUGUCUCACUCUGCCAAUGCCUGUUUGGCUCUCUGUAGACUUCUUCUUGCACACAGCAUGUUCAGCACAUACACUCAUAUACCGUGUUUGCCAACAGUUGCUGUGUUUCAGGCAACAUAGAGUCUUGGUUGUGACUGUCUCUGCUUCAACUGUGCAACUGCCACUCGUGUACAUACUGUAUUUCUGUUUUUUUAAGAUGAACGCAGAGGAGAACCCCUCAAGCAUGGAACCCUGACAAAUGGUGUUAUUUUUUUUCUCUCUGAUGUGCACAGCUGUUUUUAGUACCCCUACUGGGACCAUUUAACAGCAAAGGCGACAAACUGGAAAUAUGUUGCUUUUUUUUGUGCUUGUGAUCCUUAAGACUUUUUUCUGCUUACUGCACUUAAAAAAUACUGGAAGCCUGUCUUCCCUCUUUUUUGUACUUGUGAGCCUGGAGUGAGAGAGCGAUAAAAAAAAAGGACUAAUUAAUCUCCAAGCAAGACGACAAUCAUGUCCCUGUGGCAGGAGCUCUGUGUGGGGCAGAGAGGAGACAAAAAGAGAGUAAAUUAGACGGAAAAUGAAGCGAACUGGAGGGAAAGACACAAGGAGGGAGUUUCUAAAUGAAGGACAAUCUCUCAAGACAUUUCCGCUCAAUUGAAAUUUUUUCCCCAUCAUGUCACUUUUACUGCUGGAGGACUCCUUCGAUUUCUUCCACUUUAACUGAAUGUGAUGCUUGGAUUGAAUUAAGACAUUUCUUGUCAGAUAUUCUUUGUUGAUUCUGAUAUAUGGACCACAGAGCUGUUCAACCAGUUUGUUAGAGACUAAAGGUUCACCUCUAUGAAAGACAGUGAGGGCGACCUUCUUGGCAUAACAUUACUCCUCCCUCACUCCGGCAUAGUGACCUUCAAUGAUUCAUUCAGCUCCAGGAGCUCUUUAUGUGACAUUUAGACCCUUUUUCCACCAACGCAGUUCUUGGAGUCACAGUGUGUAACAGAGGGGUGUUUAGAUUUGGACCUUUUGAACUCUUGUUCCUGUCUUUUGAAAGGAAAAAGCAAAGAGGCUUUGUUUGUGCAGUUCUUAGCAGCAGAACAUUAGCCGCAGAGUUACUUGCAAACUGAAGCUGACAUGAAGACAUUCGGCGCAGAGAAUGUAGUAGAACCCUUAUUGUUGUGACGGCUAUGGAUGUCUUAGAAAGUGCUUUAAUUUAUUUUUUUCCAUGUGUUUAUUGAGGGUGGUAACUUGCACUGCCAAGAAGGAAACUACCACUCCAGCACGUACACACUCAACAUUAACAGGCAUUCAGAUCAUUGUGGAUCGCAGCCAUCCAGGGCAACAGAGCGAAUGUGAAGCACCCUUAGAACCCAUGGAACCCCAACCAACCCCUUCACCGAAGCCUAGAGACUAAUCCGGGGCUACUGUGGACCGAAACAAUGGAGGAACACUGAAACACAACAAGAACCCACGCAGUGUUUCUGGAAGAAAAGGACCGACCGACAGACUGAUUGCUGCCAUGCUGUUCAACUCCUGGCCCAGGCGAAAAGAUGCCAUGAAGCAGUGAAAGUGUUUUUUAUCUUCGUGUAUUUUGUGGAUAUGCCUGUGGAGGCCGGAGGAACGCAGAGAAAAAGCGUGACGUAACUUGUGUUGUUCCAACUGUGUACAGAGCGAUGAGGGGAGAAAAAAGAGGAAGAAAGUUUUAAAAAAUCUAGAACUUAGAGGAGGUCAGCCAUCAGCACUCCAUACUACUGUUGCAUGAUCUUCUCAGCAAGUGGACUGAACAUCUUUGAUAUGAUCAUCCCUGUACAAAAGUGAACAUUUGGAUCCUUUUUUGGACUUUUUCCAGGCUCUAACGUUAUUCAACACUAAAGAUCUCUU